AUGCUUUGCCUCUUCUUCGUUCUGUCUCUGGUGGCUGGCGUCCUCACCUCCUACUCACUUUCGGAUUCUUAUGCUGGCGACGAAUUCUACCAGUGGACAUGGGAGUCAUUCUCAGACCCAACUCACGGAAGAGUAGACUACGUCGACCAGUCAACGGCAAUCGCUUUGAAUUUAACUGUGGGCGACGUCCAACGCGUCGUUUUUGAUGCGAGCCGACAACAUCCAUAUGGUCCCUCCCGCCGAGCGAGGUCGGAAAAGCGUGCGCAUAACAUCGCCCAAGGCUUACGCAGAUUCGGUGCUCGUCCUCGAUCUGCUUCACAUGCCGGCUGGUUGCGCAACCUGGCCGGCGUGGUGGACGUUGUCGAAGGCUGGCCCGUGGCCGCACGGAGGAGAAAUCGAUAUCAUCGAGGGCGUGAACCUGGCCAACAGCAAUCUCGCUUCGUUGCAUACACGGAGAACUGCACGAUGCCCAUGGACAAGUACCAACGCGGGCAAACAGGAGACACGGCGUCGACCAACUGUGACGCUUCAUUCAACUACAAUCAGGGCUGUGGCGUCGCCUUCAGUGAACCAAACUCUUACAGUACAGAUUUCAAUGACAACGGAGGAGGGUGGUACGUCCUUCACCGCUCCGCUGCGUCCGGAAUCAGUAUCUGGUUCUGGUCUCGUGGCAAUCCCGAUGUCCCGGACGAAGUGGCUCAAGGGCUCGACACACUGAACCCGGAUUUCUGGGGAUCCCCGGAGCGUCCUUCCCGACUGCAGACAGCUGUGAUUAUAUGUCACAUUUCGAUGCACAUAUCAUGGUCUUCGACCUCACAUUUUGCGGCGACUGGGCUGGAUCUGUGUUUGGCACGUCUGGAUGCUCGACGAACAUGACCUGUCAACAAUUCGUCGACAACAAUCCUGCCGCCUUCAAUGAGGCGUACUGGGAAAUCCUAUCUCUGCGAGCGUACCAACCGAUGUAGAGCACAAACUACGACAUGUCUAUCUACGCUUCAUUUUCUUUUUCCUGGAUGGC